ACACACACACACACACACACACACACACACACACACACACACACACACACACACACACACACACACACACACACACACACACACACACACACACACACACACACACACACACACACACACACACACACCACUUGGCUUCAGCUCUGUCCCUUCCAUCCACACUGUGUUCUCUCUCUGUGUGACGCUAGUGAGGAAACACUGUGGUUAUUUCAGCCAGUCAUUUAGAAGCAGCAGCCUGUCUCUCUCUUUCAAUCACUCCCUCGCUCACUCUCACACUCACCAGCAUGCAUUCCUUCUCGGCUCCUCACUCCCCCUCUCAUUGUAAGCCUGUCCUUUCCUUCCAGAAGAGAGGGAUCAUGCUUCGUCCUUUUCCCUCCUCCUUCUCCUCCUCCUCUUCUUCACUUCCUCACUAUCAUUCUGGAGUCUCUGUAUCAAACGGAGCACUUUCGCCACAUUUUCCUUCUGAGCAGAGCAUUGGAAGCUGUCCCUCUCUUCUCAGCAUGGUGGACUUUUAGAAGCGGGAUUUCCUGGGCUAGGACGCUUGCACAUCAGCUCUCUACACUAACAAAGGUUCCGGUUGGGAUGCAAGUCUUAGUGGGACACCUGCUUUUCUCACAGGACAGCUCACUUCUCCUUGAAGUUUAAGGACAAUCCAGGAAUCUCGAGAGUGUGUGUGUUGGUCUGUUAAGAUUUGGUUAUGAGUGUGUAAGAGAGUCUGUGUGUGAGCGAGUCUGUGUGUGGCUGUGUGUGUUGCUCUGUAUGCAGUGCAGUCCGCUCCCGCUCCUGGUUCUUGACUGGAGGGUUUAGCCGACGCUGGAGGGUGAAGGAGACCCCUCCACUGCAGUGGAACCGCUGUCCCCUACUCCCGGAGAACCUUCCCAGCGGCACAGACUAGUAUGAGAAGCGGAGGGAAGAGAAAGAGAAGGGCUGAGAGCCAGGUAUAACAAACAGAGAGAAGAGGUAGAAUGAGAGGGGACUUUUCGACAAAACAGUGAAGUGCAUGACCACUAAAGGAGACAAAAACCACUUCAGGAGAGACAAAGACACUACAGACACAUACAACCCAGUGAAGACUGGAGCAAGGCUGGCAAGCAGCCCCAGCAGCCCACCACCACCACCACCACCGACAGUACAGCCACCACCAUGCAGGUGUCGUUUGCAUGUUCGGACCAGGACGGAGGAAGAGGAGGGCUGAGGCCCCCGGGGAAUGGAGGGCACAGCAAGCAGAAUGCCACCAGUGCCAACACGGCCAGCCAGGCGCGGGCACGUUUCCGUACGGUGGCCCUCAUCGCCCGCAGCCUGGGCUCCUUUACCAACCGCUACCACCACAACCUCAAGGAGUCCACCGCCAAGCUCACUGGCAUGAAGUACCGGAACCUGGGGAAAUCAGGCCUGCGUGUUUCCUGUUUGGGCCUCGGUACUUGGAUAACGUUUGGAGGUCAGAUUUCAGAUGAGGUGGCUGAGCAGCUGAUGACCAUCGCCUACGAGAACGGGGUCAAUCUCUUUGACACAGCCGAAGUUUACGCUGGGGGGAAAGCCGAGAUAAUCCUGGGGAACAUCAUCAAGAAAAAGUCCUGGAGGAGGUCAAGUCUGGUGAUCACCACCAAGCUCUACUGGGGAGGAAGAGCGGAGACAGAGAGAGGACUCAACAGAAAGCACAUAAUUGAAGGUCUGAGGAGCUCUCUACAGAGGAUGCAGCUGGAGUAUGUGGAUGUGGUGUUUGCCAACCGGCCCGACAGCAACACCCCCAUGGAGGAGAUUGUGAGGGCGAUGACCCAUGUGAUCAACCAGGGUAUGUCCAUGUACUGGGGGACAUCACGAUGGUCUGCCAUGGAGAUCAUGGAGGCGUACUCUGUGGCUAGGCAGUUUAACCUGAUCCCUCCAGUGUGUGAGCAGGCCGAGUAUAAUUUCUUCCAGAGGGACAAGGUUGAGACACAGCUGCCUGAGCUCUAUCACAAGAUAGGUGUGGGUGUGGUAUCCUGGUCGCCUCUAGCUUGUGGAAUCAUCACUGGGAAGUAUGAGAAUGGUAUCCCAGAAUGCUCCAGGGCCUCCAUGAAGCCGUAUGCCUGGUUGAAGGAGAAGAUAGUGAGUGAGGAUGGGAGGAAACAACAGGCCAAGCUGAAGGAGCUGACUACCAUCUCUGAGAAGCUGGGUUGCACUCUGCCACAACUAGCCAUCGCCUGGUGCCUGAGGAAUGAAGGAGUGAGCUCAGUGUUGCUGGGAACAUCCAGCCCCAUCCAGCUUGCAGAGAACCUCAGGGCCAUGGAGGUCAUUCCAAAGAUGACAGCAGGCAUUGUCACAGAGAUUGACCACGUCUUGGGAAACAGACCGCACAGUAAGAAGGACUUUCAUCAAGCACAUUAGGAUAUAGACCAUUUUACAGAACUGUGAUUGAUAGACCUAAUCUGGACAAGAUCUCAUCAGUGGCACCUCCAGUGUGUGCCCAACCCUGCUCUUGUGUAUGUGUGUGUGUUCUGCACAGCUCCUCCGCCUGCCUCGUCCGUAUGAAGAUCAGCCUGUACUCAAUGUCGUUAACUGAGAGCUCUACUUGACAAAAGCAUGCAUGCCACAGCUCUGCUACAGUGCAGACAGUUUAAAACUUGCCUAAACAAUCAUUGUUAUCAAGAUGUGCUCAUAAAAGAAAAUCACACCAUUUCUUGAAUGGGGUCCAUCUGUUUGUAAAAGUAGUCUUUCUCUUGAUUUGAGAGCAACUUCCUCUGUCUCUGUAACGUCAGAGGAUAGUGUAUAGUGCAUCUCAAACAAUAAUUCAUCCUCAGAGCCACCAAUGAGCUUUAAAAGCAUGUCUGUAAUACAUUUUUAGACAUGCAUGGAUCAGGGGAGGUUAAACAUAAUUCCAAGCCACUAAAUAUCCCUUUGAGUAUGGUCAAGUAUGGUAAUUCAUCUCUGGAUGGUGUAUCAUAUCACCCAGACACUGUACAGAUCUGGCCAAACCUUCCUAAAUGUGCUGUGGCUGAGAAUGGAAACUGCUCAGGGAUGUCACUAUGAGGCUAAAGAUGUACAGGGAUCAACAACAUCCCAUUCACUCCAUAUUACUGGCAUGUAUGACAAAGUUUUAAAAAAAGGAAGCCCGUGCUAAAAAAUCCAUUCUAAAUCAUCCAUCCAGUUUGCAACAAGGCCAUUAAGUAAUACUGCAAUACAGCGUGGCAAAGAAAUGCACUUUUUGGACUAAAUAAGGAAACAGGAAACGUUUGGGGCAAAUCCAACGCGACACAUCACAGAGUGAAAAACUCUGUAUUUCCAAGUAUUGUAGUGGCAGUAUCAUGUUAUGGGUAUGCAUGUCACCGGCAAUAUCUGGGGAGUUUGUCCAGAUCAAAAUAUAAAUGGAGCAAAGCAAAUAUAACAUUUUACAGGAAAACAUGCCUCAUUCCUCUGAAGACCUAACACUAGGAUAUAAUUGUAUUUUUCAGAGGGAAAUUUAUAUGACUUUUAAGGCCAAAAACACUCCAGAAUGGCUUUCGAAUAGAUGUAUGUGUUCCUUAGUGGUCCAGUCUCAGUCCUGACUUGGCCUAAAUCUGCUUUAAAAUCAGAGACAAGAUUUGAACUGACUGAGCUUGAGCAAUUUUGACAAACACAAUGUAUAUAUGUUGCCCUAAAACUUGUACAAAGUUGGUGGAAUCUUAUUCAAAAUGAGUCAUAGCAGUAACUGCUGCCAAAAGUGCAUCCACCAAGAGCUAUGCAAUCAAGAUAUCUUUGCUUCUUAUUUUUGAAUCCGUUUAGACAUUUUCUAUGCAUCUCCUUUCACUUUGAAAAUGUGUGUAGAUUGUCUAGAUCAGCAGGAAAACAAAAAUCCUAUUUAAUCACAUUUCAGAUUUAAAUUCAAGGCAGUAAAAUCUGAAGACUAUACAAGCGGUGCGUAGGUUUUCACAAGUGACAACGCAUGCCAAUAUAUCCUCCAAACACCGGCUUCGAGGACAUUAUCACUAUCACUAUUAUCACAUAUUCCAGUAAUGAUUGACAUAUUUUCAUAAAAAAAAAUAUUUAGAAUAAUUUAUUUAUACUAUUUCAACCUUCCACAAGAUAUAGUCCCGACACAAAUCUAGGGUUGCUACCCAAGCCGGCUGGUCGUUCGUUCUAUCGGUUCAGUUGCCAGAGAUGCGACCCAGUCGUUCAGUCCUUUUGUUCUGUAUCUAUGGGCGUGACCCAGUUGUUCGUUCUAAAUGUUCCAUUGCCAUACUGGCUGGCAUCGUUCUUAUCCCUUGCUUGCUAGGUAGCCAACUACGGCUAACUUACAGUCACAUCAAAAGUGCAGAGAGAAUAACAGCAAAGUAGCUGCAUUUGCAUUUGUUUAAGCUGUUUACUGGUGACUUUUAAUUGGAAACAUCCAUAACAAGGAGCAAAUGAGGCACGAUUUUGCCUGGCAUUGAAAUUGUGCUCACUUGUCAGGAAAAUGUUGUUCAGAGGAGCUAACCAACAACACAGCUAACACAAUGACUUCAAAUUGAAGCUGGAAAGACUGCAAACUAGCUGCACUUCGUUUCGUUUGACCUUUUUUCAAUUGACAUUUCUUUGUACAUAUACAUAAAUAUUAUUCCAGCUGAUUCAUGAUUUCGACUGGCUGACAUGCUGACCACACCGCCCGCGUAGCGUGUGCGAGCUUUGCAAAAUAAAUAUACACAUACAUGUUAUUCAAUCAUUGCAUCCACACUGCUGGCACGCAUCAACGAGCGUCUACGUAGCCAGGUGCUAAAAUAGAACUUGGCUCUUUUUGUGAUGCUUGACGUGCUGUAAGUCCCGCCUUUCCCAUCUCCUCAUUGGUUUUUAGGAGCAUAUACACACGUGAGUGACUGAAAGAUGAACUGAGGUCCACAAUCCAGUCCAGUUGGUGCUGGUAAUGCACCUUAAAGUUGGUGGUCAACCGCCAAAAUCCAAAGAAGAAGACUGAAGGAGGAGAGAUUACUAGAAACUAACUCAGUUUACCCUUUGAUCUGUGGAUUAAUUGUCGGAGUAGAGGACCUUGUGCAUUUCAGGUAUAACAACAACCCAAUGUUUAUAUCCCAGGACAAAUUAGCUAGCAACAGCAAGCUAACUAGCUAAAUUACCAUAAAUGUUUAAUGCUUUAGGACCUGUCCCCAAAUUAAUAUAUUUGGUUCAGAGUUCGUUUUGAUAUGGACAAAAUCAACAUGCGUGUGAUGGCACACACAGAUGCAUGUGCGCGAGCAGUGUGGUCAGCAUGUAAGAAACGCUGUCUGUCUCGUCCCAGCUCCUGACACAUUCAUUACUAUGGGACAGCUGGAGAUCGAAUUUGAAUAUUGAAACAAUGUUGCAAAUAUUGGAGAGAUAAGCUGCAAGGUUUAUAUAAAUCUCCGCUGUUGAAAACUAAAUGUUAGUCUAAAAGAAAUGUGAGAAAAUGUCUAGAUGCUUUUUAUAGUGGAGAUCAUGUUUAUAAAGUGCCUGGCUGGGCUGAUGAGACAGCGGAUUGCGUAGUCAGAUGGAACAGAAUAAAUAAUUGAUUUAACUGGUGGUAACUUGUGGAAUAGACACUGGCUGGAAUGCAGUUUUAACCAAUCGGCAUUCAGGAUUAGACCCACCCAUUGUAUAAAUGUCAACAUUCUAUGGCAGCCAUGUUAGCACCUCAUUAACAUUGCAUGGGGAAUAUUUAAAUUAACUGAAUGUCUAGAAUUAGAACAAUAUUCAAAAAAGUGUCCUAACUCUAUAUACAGUGGCAAGAAAAAGUAUGUGAAUCCUAUGGAAUGACCUGGAUUCCUGCAUAAAUUGGUCAUAAGGAAUUUUGGACUAUUCCUCUUUACAAAACUGUUUCAGUGUCUGGUGUGAACUGCUCUCGAGGUCAUGCCACAGCAUCUCAAUAGGAUUGAGGUCAGGACUCUGACUGGGCCACUCCAGAAGGCAUAUUUUCUUCUGUUGAAGCCAUUCUGUUGUUGAUUUACUUCUGUGUUUUGGGUCAUUGUCCUGUCGCAUCACCUAACUUCUGUCGAGCUUCAAUUGCGGACAGAUAGCCUAACAUUCUCCUGCAAAAUGUCUUGAUAAACUUGGGAAUUCAUUUUUUUGUCGAUGAUAGCAAGCUGUCCAGGCUCUGAAGCAGGAAAGCAGCCCCAAACCAUGAUGAUCCCUCCACCAUACUUUACAGUGGGAAUGAGGUUUUGGUGUUGAUGUUGGUGUGCUGUGCAUUUUUUCCUCCACACAUAGUGUUGUGUGUUCCUUCCAAACAACUCAACUGUAGUUUAAUCUGUUCACAGAAUAUUUUGCCAGUAGCACUGUGGAACAGCCAGGUGCACCUUUGCAAACUUCAGACGUGCAGCAAUGUUUUUUUGGACAGCAGUGGCUUCUUCCGUGGUAUCCUCCCACGAACGCCAUUCUUGUUUAGUGUUUUAUGUAUCGUAAACUUGUCAACAGAGAUGUUAGCAUGUUCCAUAGAUUUCUGUAAGUCUUUAGCUGACAAUCUAGGAUUCUUCUUAACCUCAUUGAGCAUUCUGUGCUUUCUUCUUGCAGUCAUCUUUGCAGGAUGGCCACUCCUAAGGAGUAGCAACAGUGCUUGACUUUCUCCAUUAAUAGACAAUUUGUCUUACCAUGGACUGAUGAACAUCAAGGCUUUAAGAGUUACUUUUGUAACCCUUUCCAGGUUAAUCUUAGGUCUUCUGAGAUCUCUUUAGUUCGAGGCAUGGUUCACAUCAGGCAAUGCUUCUUGUGAAUAGCAAAACCACAUUUUGCGAGUGUUUUUUAUUGGGUAAGACAGCUCUAAACCACAUCCCCAAUCUUGUCUCAUUAAUUAUACUCCAGGUAUAAUAUUAGCUGACUCCUGACUCCAAUGAUCUUUUGGAGAAGUCAUUAGCCUCCGGGUUCACAUAUUUUUUCCAACCUACACUUUGAAUGUUUAAAUGAUGUAUUCAAUAUAGACAAGAAAAUGAGUUUAAUCACACUGUUUGUCUAUUGUUGUUCUAUUGUUGUUCUAUUGUUGAUGACCAAUUUAUGCAGAAAUCCAGGUAAUUCCAAAGGGUUCACAUACGUUUUCUUGCCACUGUACAUGGCUCUGGGUACACACAGCUGUCCUGCAUUCUGUAGAAGCCAAAGUGAACCCUCUCUCUAUCCAUCCUGCUGACUUCUGUAGACUACAGUAGCACAUUUUGAGGAAAAACUAUUGGACUGUGUUCCUGUUUUCAAAGUGAUUGACAGUGGCAUACACUCAUUAUCUCGACUGUCCAUGAUGGUCAGUCAUGGCUGAGCCCUUCCUACCCUACGACCUGAGUAUUUUCCUAGCCCUGCAUUGUUGAUGUGAUAAUGAACUCUCCGGUACAUGAUGACAUCUUGAGGCGUUUUUUGCAUCAUGAUGCUAAAAUACCAAACAGAGGUGUGUGUGUUGGGUUGGAUAUUUCAAAUUCAAAACAUUUUUAAUGACUGACUCAUUACAUUUUUUCAAUGAUGGACAGCAGAACACACUAUCGGAAUACUAUUUUCAUAGCAUCUUCCCAUUUCUCUCGAUCGUCUCUUCUGCUGAUAGAUAUUGAACUCAUGUACGUAGUUUUAUCAUUGUGUAAACAGCAUUACCCACAAAGCACGUACAGAAACAUUAAAACAUAUAUAUUAAUAUAUAUAUAUUUAUUUAUUUAUUUCUACCCCAUUUUUGUCCACAAUUUCGAUCUUGUCACAUCGCUGCAACUCCCCAACCUGCUUGGGAGGCGAAGGUCGAGUCCUCUUAAACAUGACCCGUCAAACCACGAGAAGCAUUUUCAUUUUGUCCAAGCUAUUAGCUGUGCCCUUUAUCAUUGCAGCGGGGGUAAAACUGAAUACAAUGUCUGUUCAAAUGUAAAAUUGUAUUAUGAGAUUUUGUUAGUGGUUGAGUUUUCAGUGAAGACUGUAUUUGUUAUUGUUGUUGUUAAUUUGUACAUAUAUUAAUAAAUAUCCAGUGU